AUGGAGAGCUCGGGAACGGGGGAUCUACUCGUCCACGGUCCACCGCCGGAUGCGUCCCAGAAUUCCAAUAAUGUCGAUUCCCCAUCCCACUUGCUGGACUCGGAUCCUGUAUCCGAUCAGUCAUUCGGUCUCUCUCGUUCCUCAUCACUGUUGCAGAAUAAACAGUCAAUACCCCGUGCCCAUUCCGGGGCGCGACAUGCCAAACGCUUGACCUUGAAUUUCCCCAUCAAUCUUCCUUUGAACCAAACCCCAACCGCCACCCCCGACAGCACUAUUGCGUCGCCGGGAUCCAUGACCCCCGUCACACAGUCGUCAACUCGCCCGUCCCCCGCUCUCCCCGCUGGUUCCAUCCCCUUCGAUGCGCAAGACGAUGGCUACGAUUUCUUGCGCGCCAUCGCCUCGCAGGAACGGAAGGUGAUGGAGCUUCGUGAGGAGCUGCAGCGGGCCGAGUCCGAUCUGUCCACCCUGAAGAAGCAGUGGGCAUUGUCUGAGAAGUCAAAGAAACGCACCGAGAUCAACCUCCACGCUGAGCCACUGAUACCACUACGAUCCCCGGAUCUGAAGGGGACAGAGGCCGGCUCAAGCUCGAGUUCACACCGCCGAGAACAAAGCAUGAGCUCUGUUGGUAGCUCGGUGGUGCCUCAAGGCCGAGUUAGUCGGGAGCUGGAGUGGGAGCGACGCUCGAGUAUUCGUGCAGCUGCUACAGCCGGUACUUCUAUCUCGUCUAAUGGUCGUCGCGUUUUCCAAGGCUCUCAUACCCGCACUCUGUCUCUUCUUUCCCCUGUCACUGUUACUGGUCCCUCUAGCACAAGUCCUAGCUUUGCUGAUAACGAACGUGUGGGUCGUACCCCGAGGUCAGCUACAUUGCCAUCCGUCGAACGCAAUAACAACAAUAACCACAACGCUGCUACCAACAUGAUGAUCAAUCCCAUUGACGAGAGUCAAGUGCCGGAGCACUUGCUGUCUCAGUGGCGAAAGACCAUGCCCCCACCAUCCAGGGAGGCACUCAUGCGUACGGGCAAACAAAUGGCUUCGGACCUGCGCGAGGGCUUGUGGACUUUCUUGGAGGAUAUUCGUCAAGCUACAGUGGGCGAAGAAGGUAUCAACGGAACAGAAUCUCGAACCAUGUCACCGCCGAACUCCUCGUUAUCAUCGUCAAAUCCACGUAAACGAAGCUCUAUUGCGAAAUCACAGAGCCGGGAGCGACUUUCAGUCGUGGGGGGUGUAUCGCGAUCAUCAUCGUCAUCAUCGCGGGGUAAAGGGCAAGCGGCCGAGCCUACAACCGGUAAAGACUCCAAGCCGGCGGACAUCGCCACCUCGUUCUGGCAUGAAUUCGGUGUUGAUUCACCCGCGCAGAAGUCUCCCGGCGCUCGCCGCAACCCUUCCGAGAAGACCGCCGACGCCACGACCCCUCGGGGCGAGAACGAACCCGACCACCUCGAUCACCACUCCGGCAGCCUAGUCAACAACAUGGAGGAUGAUGAUACGGCCGAUAAUUGGGAUGUGUGGGAUACACCGUUGUCGGGAAGCAAGACAAGGCACACACCUUCGUCUAGCCGAUCGACAGUCGAGUCAAAGCGUGACCAGUCGCCCACGACCCGGGGUAGUAGUCCGCGAACGAGUGCUAGCUUUGGUGAAUGGAACCCCCUGACCGCCGCCCCUGAAUCCAAUACCGAAACCAUCCCCUGGCCUACGAUCACUAAGUUGGCACCUUCGAAGCUCCAGCGAACUGCCUCCAACCUUAUGGCCGAGUGGGAACGAAGUCUAUCACCAUCCCCAGAACGAAAAGACUCAUCUUCAGGCAAAAGCAGCAAAAAUGACUGA